AUGGCCAGCAUUGAAACUUCAUGGAUCAAGCUAGCUGAGAGCCAACGGCUUCAGCGUUCCUCUCAAACCAUUGCCGUGCUCGGAUCGACUGCGUACAUAUUCGGCGGAGAACUCCUUCCCAGAGAACCCAUCGAUAACCAGCUCGAUAUUGUUCGCCUGGGCACGUCAUCUGUGCACACCAUUCCGGCACCCCAGAAUGCGCCCUCGCCUCGCGUCGGCUCAUCGUGUGUAGCCAUCAAGAAUGCCCUCUAUCUGUUCUCCGGCCGUGGCGGCAUCGCCAUGGCGCCUGUUGAAGAAAACGGCGCCGUCUGGCGAUAUACGCCCGCCGACAGUAGCUGGACGCUGAUCACGCCAGCGGACACGUCGGCGCCGUUUGUCGAUGGGCGAAGUUAUCACGCAGCGACCUCCAAUGGCGUGGAUACCAUCUACCUCCACGCUGGAUGUCCCGAGAAGGGCCGCAAGGCAGACCUCUGGUCCUUCAACGUUGAGUCGAGGAUCUGGACUGUCCUGCCGGCCGCCCCGCCGCCCGCACGCGGAGGAACAUCGAUCGCAUUUUCCAAGGGGAAAAUCUACAGAAUGAACGGGUUCGAUGGCGAGCAUGAGCAGGGCGGGGCCAUUGACGUGUUCGACAUUGCGAAGGAGACAUGGUCGACCAUCUCGUUCCAGGCAGAUGGCGUGCAGGGGCCCGAGGCGCGCAGUGUCGCUGCUCUCGUCGCCGUCCAGUCACAAGGCAAGGAUCUGCUUGUUACGCUCUUUGGCGAACGGGAUCCCAGUGCACUCGGUCACGCUGGAGCAGGAAAGAUGCUCUCUGAUGUCUGGGCAUUCGACAUUCACCACGAAAUCUGGACGAAGCUCGCUUUCACAGGCGACACCCCCUCCUCGCGCGGCUGGUUUGAUGCCGAUGUGGCGCACCAAGAGGAUGGCACCGACGCGAUCAUCGUCCAUGGAGGUCUCGCCGAGGACAACUCUCGGCUUGGUGACCUCUGGAAGCUGCAGUUUGCCUGA